AAGGACAACAUCCUCAAGACGAUUCAGCAUCGCCUGGGCAGCCAGCCCGUCAAGAUCCAGGCCGACAUCCAGGUGACGUGCUUCUCCUACGAGGGCAUCGACGCCAUCAAGCCUGCCCUCCGCGCCGGCCAGCAGUGCAGCACCCCCGAUUCGCCCGUCCGCAUCCAGCUCGUCACGUCUCCCGAGUACAUCCUCCUCACUUCGUCCACCGAUCACGAGCGCGGCGUUGCUCUCCUCAAGAAGGCCGUCGAGGCCAUCCAAACCGAAAUCAAGAAGCACGGAGGUGACUGCGUGAUCAAGACCGAGCCGCGAGUCGUGGCUUAA